CUCAAAUUGACAGCAAUGUGCAUAGAUCAAGUCCGUGCGCACCGAUACAUAAGCGAGCACUCUCCGAAAUGAUCCUCAGAUCUUUUUUGCCUCGUGGCCUCACCUUCCCAGCACGAAUCUUGUGUCCACCCACCCACCUCCCUUUCUCUAUCGAUACACCAGCGUGUUUUGGUGUGGUCUCGUUUUUCCCUCUUCGCCGUCUUCUUCCCUCUUCCCGCAACUCUAGGCCAGCCUUUUCACGCUCAGAAGGUUUCGUUUUUUCUCUGCGCUCGGCUCGUUCUCGACAUCUCGUUGAUUCCGAACACCGCGCUCGAAAACCCUCCCAGAUCGCACCUACGGCCGCGGUCUGGCAAAGCCAGACCUUCCCCACCGACUAUGAAGGCGAAACCUUCGUAGUUCAAACCCUCACCUCUCUCGACAUCAUCUCUAGUUCCCAACCUCCGAUCUCUUGUCUCCCUCUACGAAGACCAUUCCCACUUCACAGACUCUCACCUUCCCUCCUCACUCCCAUUCGUCCGCAAGUGCAAUUUCAUAUUGAUUAGUCGACUCCCUCCCGCCUCAAGGCUAAUCAUUGUUCAUUUCGUCAACUCCAGUGCAGCAUAAAUACAAAGCACUUGUUUGAAGGGCUUAGUGGUGUUGUAUACCACAACGCAACCUAUGGUAUAUCACUCCACUAAGCUCCGUGAACUGUUCAUGUUUUUCUGCAAUGAAAUUAUAUCGACAAACAUUUUCUGAUAAGAAAUGAAUGCGAAUUCAUCGAUGUAUAUUGUCUUAUUUGGGAUGAGUCGAUAGCGGUCUUUUAUUAAGUGGAUUGAGUUUGAUAUCAUCGCCUCUAUGUCACAGUAUUGACUCUUGGACCUGGACCCAACACAUCGACGAUGCAGGUCGUGCAUUUCAGACUUUUUGACACGACUUAGUCACUUGGAAACAUUCAAAAGCGGUACGGUACGUGCAUGACUCGUAUUCUGAAUUUUGAUCGAUUCGCUGAUUUCUCCAUCAAGUAUACAUGUAAUACUCAAUCCGAUGUACA